CAUCAACUUUGUGAAUCGGGUGCUUCUUGGAUUAGCUCAAUUUUCACAGUGAGCAAUAUUAAGCCUAUUCUCCAUUCACACACUUAAAAGGCACAGGACCAGUAUUAUUAACGAACUUUCUCUCUCUCUCUCUCUCUGUCUUCCUUCUUUCUUGUCCUCCUCUUUUCAUUUCCCAUAGACCACUCUCACGACUUCUUUUUAGCCCGUUAUUUCUCCUUUCCUCUCCUUCAACUUCAGGACAAACACUUAACGACCUCUUUCAGGAAUAACCACAUCCAACAAUCUCUUUCUCUCUCUCUCUCUAUCUCUUCUUCCAUCCCUCUUUCUCUCUCCCACACUCUUUGAAUCGCUUCGCCCCUGUAUAUUUUCCAUUCUCUCUUCCAACCCCAUCCGCUCUUCCAAGCUUUUUUUUAUUGCACAGACUCAUUAUGGGUAACUUUCUGUCUCAAUUUAACGACCUCAUCAACAAAGAUGGAGACUCGAAAGUACCUGAUGUUCAACUUGACUUUGAAGAUGCUUCCAUGACAGACGAAGAUCUCGAGUCUUACUCGAAUGUGUUGAACAUGCUGGAUCCAACAGGUGAAAUACUCGAUCAACUGAGGAACUAUCAAGGUUGUGGUGAUUACAUUCGUCAGGCCAUUGGAACACCUGGACCUGAGGCAGAAACUGAAGCUUGGAACCACGUGGUGCCUGCUGUUACCAAGCUCAAAAUGUUUUAUCAAUACUCGACAUCCAUCGAAACUUCUCUUCCUCAAAUUCUUCAGACGCUCUGCAUUGGUGAUGUCAACAAAAACUUGGAACGGCAUCAGGCUUUGGCUCGCAUUUUGUGCCAGUUGCUUGAUUUCGUCUUUGAGUUUGAUUCGCUUAAAAUGAAGACUCCUCAGAUUCAAAACGAUUUCUCAUACUAUCGACGCUGUCUUUCGCGCGGCAAACUUUCAAACGAAGUUGAUCUGAAAUCCGCCAUGAAUGAGGACGAACUAGCGAACCAUGUCUCGAUGUUCUAUGCGUACCCAACUCCAAUGUUGAAGACCGUGACGGAAGUAACGACACAGUUUGUUGCAAAAAAUCGCGUGGGACGGAGUGUCUCGGAAUGUCUAGCAACUCUGGCAGGUGUGUGCUAUCAUAGUGUGAGCAAUAGUAAGAAGAAGCCACAAAGGCCAGAGACGACGGCCUUCUGCUUGCGAGUAAUGGUGAUCUCCAUCAUCAUCUAUGACCACAUUGAUCCACAAGGAGCAUUUUCAAAGAGUUCGCCCAUCAAUCUCAAAAAUUCCGUCAAGGCAAUCCAGACAUAUGGCAAUACAAAUGAUACACCCAACCUUAUGUCCGCACUGAGGUAUAACACAAAACACUUGAAUGACCCAACGACCCCAAAGUCACUCAAGACCUUGAUUACGGGCACAGCCUAAGACAUAACCUUUAUUGGGUUUUAUCAUUUCUACAAUAUUUUCUGCGCUUUUUCUUUUCUUUUCUUUUUUCUUUUCUUUUAUUAUUUUUAUUAUUGUUGUUGUUACUAUUAUUAUUAUUCGACAUUCAAAAUAUUACCAUAAUUCCUCGUUUGAUGUCUUUUUCGUCCUCUCUUCCGUAAACGAUUCACGUCUGGAAAUGACUUUCAAAACCAAAAUCAAAACCAAAUAAAUUAUGAUAACCCUCUAUAAA